AUGGAGAAACUAAACUUGAAUGCAGUUCCCAGCGUUGUCACUGCCAACACUAAGGUGGAGAGCUGCAUGUACAGCCACCUGAAAACCUUUGCUGACACCCUGGCAGGUCUCGACAGGCCAAGCAGGUUCAUUGCCAGGAAACUGAACCGAGUUCAGGAAUACAAAAGCAUCCUCCCCAAGAAUAACGUGCUGGAGGAGGAAAGGAACUUAACCACCUAUCUGGAAAGAUUUAUCAAAGUCCUGAAAAACAGCAAAAAGUGGUCGAAGACAGUAAUACCCCAGAACCUGCAGAAAAUCCGGGAUGCUGUGAAGUCAUGCCCGGAGUGGAUGGAACAGGACUGGGAGCCAAUGGAAGAGAAGGAUUUUUUCAGUAAUUUGGAAUAUUUAUUAAGGUUCCUGAAUCACUAUGCCCCUUCAGAGGACACGGGCUCUGGGACAUCCAGUUACUCUCUUCCUCUGAAGGAAACACCAGAUCUGCAGAACACAACUAGACGUGCAAUAAUUGAUGAGAUGAUUUGCUUACUUGAAGCUGAAAAGGAGUCCAUAAAUGGGAAUCUCUUCAUCCCUCUUCACAUCAAGAAAUCUUCAUCCAAUGACAAAGAAUGCCGGCACGUAAGAAGUAGUUUCUCGAGAUUUAAAGAGUAUCUGGAAAAAUUCCUGAGAUGGGUCAAUCAGGAGGAGAGCUGCAGAAACAUCCUGACAAGUGAGUCAGGUUCGCAUCCAGAUGACAACUGCACCUGCCUUGACUUCUGGAAAUACAGCAAAGGCUUGUUCUAG